CUUCAUCGGUAAACACUCCCAUCCGUCUGCGCUGGAAAUGGCUGCCGUCUUGCAUCUCCUUCUCAUCGCCCUGCUGCUAUCCACGGUAACUGGACAGGAGGUUGAAAGUUCCAGUAAAUUUCCAUUAGUAAUAAGCACUUGGCCCUUCUUAGAAGCUGUUAGAGCUGGAUGGAAGGCUAUCAAUGAUGGAUUAUCGUCCAUUGAUGCAGUUGUAGAGGGUUGUUCAGCUUGUGAGGUACUUAGAUGUGAUGGUACAGUUGGACCUGGUGGAAGUCCAGAUGAGAACAGUGAAACUACAAUUGAUGCCUUAAUCAUGAAUGGGGCAACAAUGGAGGUUGGAGCUGUUGCUGCCAUGAGAUAUGUGAAAGAUGGCAUAAAAGCUGCAAGAUUGGUAAUGCUUCACACAGAACACACUAUGCUUGCUGGAGAUCAAGCAUCAGCCUUUGCCAUUUCAAUGGGUCUUCCAGGACCUUCAAAUCUUAGCUCAACAGAAUCAAUGGAAAAGUGGGCUAAAUGGAAAGAAAAUCAAUGCCAACCUAAUUUUAGGAAAAAUGUUGUACCUAUCAACAGCUGUGGUCCUUAUCAUCUGAGAAAAGAUGUAAAUCUUGAUCAGAAGACAUGUUUGGUGGAGGACAAAAUAAAAUCAUCUAAUGUGAAUCUGCACAACCAUGACACAAUAUCCAUGGCAAUAUUCGAUAAAUCUGGACACAUUGCUGUUGGUACAUCAACCAAUGGUGCGAGUUUUAAGAUCCCUGGCAGGGUUGGUGAUGGACCGAUUGCUGGAUCUUCUUCGUAUGCUGAUGACGAAGUUGGAGCUUGUGGUGCAACUGGUGAUGGUGAUAUUAUGAUGCGUUUCUUGCCAUGUUAUCAAGUCGUGGAGAGUAUGCGAUUAGGAAUGGAACCAAGGAUUGCUGCAAAAGAUGCAAUAUCACGAAUAGCAAGGAAGUAUCCUAAGUUCAUCGGCGCUAUCUUUGCAGUCGACAAGAAUGGGGUGCAUGCCGGUGCCUGCUAUGGAUGGACGUUUCAGUACUCGGUGAGAAGCCCGACUAUGGAUGACGUCGAGGUCAUCACUGUGUAUCCUUAAGCCUUUAGUGAGCUUAUUCUACAAUUAUUUGUUAUAAACAUGUUGCAAUAAUUUUUUUUGUUUUAUAUAA